CCGUUGGAGAAAGCCAGUGCCGGAGUGGAAGGUGACACGUAAGUGCGGGGCUGGAAGGCGGCCAAGGCAAGGCGGGCGAGAGGAAGUUCUUCUUCCCAUCAGUUCAGCAGGGGCAACGAGGAACGGAACUUGAGCCCGCGGGCCAGCGAAGCUGAUCUGGACUGGCGAACCGCGAAGAGAAGCCUGCCUUUGGGGAAGGGGUCUGGGAGGGAUCGCUCUGUACGAUCAGGAGCAAGGGAGGGGUUGCGAGAAGGCAGUGCCCCCUCCCCCUCCACCCGAGUGGGAGAGAGAGAGAAAGAAGUCAUCCAGGCUGGUUGCACAGAAAGACAAAAAAUAGAGCCGAUCUGGAGAGAUCUCUGCAGAAUAACCUUGGGAAUCGCCUUCAUGGAGAGCUCCCCAAAGCAAUUUGCAAGCAAAUAGAGACCAGUCUGGAGAUGCUGCGCUUCUUCUGAGCUGCGUCUCUAAGCCAAGCUAGAGGAAUUUCAGCCUCGACGUACGUGGAGAGGUGAAUUGGAUCCAUCUAGGACCAUUGGAAGUGGAGGACGGCAGUUGACCUGGCCUCUGCUUUGAACCUGGGUCCUUUGAAAUCCCACCUUCCUGUCCAGCCUGGCUGCAGCAUGAGCAAAGAUACCUGGCCAAAGGUAGUGCAGUGCCAGGUUGCAGCUGGUUAAAGUUAGCGCCACGGUCUAUGGCAGCGGCUGUGCUUGGGGCUCCAGCUCUCCCAGGUCCCAUCACCGCUGACGCCAUUGCCCAAUGCUGCCACUGAGCGCUGCCUAAAAGCUGAAGUCUCGAGGUGGACGGGCACCCGGAUCCUCCAAGGAAGGGACUAUGGGCAACGGGAUGUGCUCCCGAAAACAGAAGCGGAUCCUGCAGUCCCUCUUGCUCAUCACCGUGGUGUUUGGCUUCAUCUAUGGGGCGAUGCUCUAUUACGAGGUGCAGAACCAGCUGAGGAAGGCUGAGGCUGUGGCCCUCAAGUACCAGCAACAUCAGGAAUCCCUUUCGGCUCAAUUACAAGUUGUAUACGAGCACCGGACAAGAUUAGAAAAAUCUUUACAGAAAGAAAGACUUGAACAUAAAAAAGCAAAAGAAGAUUUUCUUGUUUAUAAACUAGAAGCACAAGAAACACUAAAUAAAGGAAGGCAAGAUUCCAAUAACAGAUACAGUGCACUGAACGUGCAACACCAGAUGCUGAAGAGCCAACACGAGGAACUAAAGAAGCAGCACUCAGACCUAGAAGAGGAGCACAGGCGACAGGGGGAUGACUUCGGCAGAGCGGUCGACGAUCACAAGCAGAGAUACGUGCAGCUACAGCAAGAGAAAGAGCAGGAGCUGUCCAAGCUGAAGGAAUCCAUGUAUAAUCUGCGAGAAGAGAACAGGCAGCUGAGGAAAGCCCACCAAGAUAUUCAUACCCAGCUACAAGAUGUGAAGUCACAGCAUAAGAAUUUACUCUCCCAACAUGACCAGCUUGUAGUGACCUUGGAAGAACACAAGAGUGCGCUAGAAGCUGCCCAGUCCCAGGUGGAGGAAUUCAGGCAGUUGAAGGACACCCUCAAAAAGAUGCCUAGUUUCCAGAAGCCGGAAGGUUUUCAGCAGCCAAACGGUCCGCCAGUGACACCAGGACCUUCUCCUCCCAGUGACUCCAAAGCACAUGGCACAGAUGUGGCUGAAGAGCAAAAGGAGAAUACGCUGAAUGCUGAGCAGCCACUAGUGGGAGAAGAAACCAACAGAGGGAUCCACUUGGAAGGAAGAGAAGAUAGAGUGGAACCAUUCCAUCCUGGCAAGAAGGUGAUUGAAGGUCAUGCACCACGGGAAUUAAAUAUUCAGCAGAAGCAAGAAGCAGGGGAGGAUGAGGAAGAGGAGCAACGUGUGGAGCAGGCUGCAGAGGAGCAUAAAAAGGAACUGGAAGAGGAAGAAAUGGAGCAAGCCGGGCAACCGGAACACUUAACGGAGGACCUUGACCAAGCCCAAGAAGAGCAUGAAUGGAAGGCGAAAGAACAAACGGAAGAAGAAACCAACAUGCUGGGUGAACACAAUCAUUCAGAGGAACCACCAACUGUGAAGACUAUAACAAGGUACAAAUCUGCCUACGAAGAACAGCUGGAACAGCAGAGGCUGGCCGCCCAAAGAGCGGAAGAAGCCAGUCGCCUCAGAGAACACCAGGAGUCUUUGCAUCAGGGGAGGUUACAAGAGCAGUUGCUACGGCAGCAGCAGCUUCAAGAGAGAGAGCUGACACUACGGAGACAGGCAGAGCAGGACGAAGAACAAUUUAAACACCGCCUAAGCCAUCAAUCCCAUUAUGACAACCUAGAUCAGGAUAUUGUACAAAGAGAAGAACACGGUGCCCAGGAAGAAGAAGACGAAGAAGAAAACUAUGAGCAGCAAAACCAGCAUCCAGAGGAAGCAGAGGAAGAAGAUCCCAAUAAUGCAAAUGAGCAACAUGAUCAGGAACUGGAGCACCAAGCAGAAAGCGAGCAGAAUGAAGAACCAGUGAGUUGGAGAGGUAAGACAGCAGGCGAUGAUGUCAACCCAGCAGAUGAUCCCAACAAUCAGGGAGAAGAUGAGUUUGAGGAAGCUGAGCAAGAGAGAGGAGAGAGUCUACCUGAUGAGAAUAAGCAGCUAAAACCAAAUAACCAGAAACAAGGGAAUCCUGAAAUGGAAGACCAUUUAGUGAUGGUGGGUAACCCUGAUCAGCAAGAAGACAAUGUUGAUGAACAGUACCAGGAAGAAGGAGAGGAAGAGGCCCAGGGAGAUCUUACCGAAGAGAAGAAGAGGGAACUGGAACGCAACGGUGAAGAACCAUAUGGUGAAAACGAUGAUAAUGCUGAAGAGAAAAUGAGUGAAGCUGCAGAUCAAGAGCAAGAAAUUCAAGAAGAAAACCAUCAGAAAAGAGGUCACGACGACAACUAUGAGGAGGAGGACGAGGAAGAGGAGGAAGGUGGUGCUGUGGCAGCAAAAGCCCGUAGACGAGGGGAGAUGUAACUCUGGGCUGCUUGGAAAAAUGAAAACGGGGCUGCAAAAUAGGACGGGCGGUGAGGCACGUGGGGCCACCUAUUUUCAUCCCUUCGUCUAUAUGCUAGAGAAAGACAGAAUGAACUUUUUUUUAAAAAAAAAUCAAUAUCUAUUUUAAAUUUUUCUAUUGGCGGUCCUUGUGCAUUUAUAUGAAUACGAUAUUUUAGGUUAUCGUUCCUUUUAUAUGAGAUAGUAUGUGAGAAAAAUGAAAAACAAACAUUUUUUUCUCUUUAUAAACAUUAAGUUUCUUUUUAAAAGUCUGGAGAUGAGUUUCAGCUUAAAAUCUGUUUGGUGUUGUCCAAACAGCAAUCAGCCUUUAGCUUAAGGGGAGGGGGAGGGGAAAUACCACACAUGCAUCAAAACUAGUGCCUGAGCUUGGUAUUUGAGGAAGGGUGGGGUGAGGCGUUGCGCCCUUAUCUCCGUCAUAUACUCUGCUCUAUGGAACCCCGCGCUGGUGCCUUACCUCAUGUUAAUUUUGAUUUGAAUGGAUUUGGCCUGCAUCUUUUCUGCAGUGGCUACAUAACGGACUCCUGGCAGAUGAUAUAGCAUCUGGGUUACCAUGCCUAAAAUGACGGUGUUUCCAGACCCUUCCGCAUACCCUCGAGACGCAGUGGAUGAAAAUUGCGUGGUUUUUUCCACACCCAGUUGUUGCCUUCCCUCCCAGGGAGGUGUUAAUUGGCUUGGAUUGAUCCAUGCAGCUAUCAUAUUUAAUACACAUGUCACAGCCACAACCACAUGUCACAGCCACAACCACAAAGUGAGGCAGCAGAGUGUGUGUGAAGAGGUGCCGUACUGAAGAGUUACUUUGGGCCAUUCAAAUGGACAGCCCAGGUUUAUGAUUGGAGACGUUAACCCCAAGGUUAGUUGCCAUGUGAAAAUAGAUCUGUCCUUGAUCUUUCAUUGACUUAUUUCGUUAUCUCAAGAUGCAAAGGCACCACUGAAACCAUGGAAUUCCUUCUGGUUAAGCAGGCUUAGGUUUGUAUUAUUGAUGAAUUCCCCCUCCCAUUCCCCCCUAUCCCUUCUAGUUCAGAAGAUGACCUCUGUAAGUGACCCUGUUUUCCAUCUGGUUUGUUUACUAUCAGCCACACACAUUUGGAAGACACAAUCACAUGUUUUUGUUUUAACGUUGCAACUCAUAAAAUGUUGCACGGGGUUGCUUUUCAUUUUUUUAGACUGUUAUAUAUAGUGCUUUUCUGAAGGGCUCAAAGUUGCUUCACAUACAUUAACUCAGUAAUCCUUACAACAGCCUUGUCAGGUAGACCAGUGUCAUUGUCUCUAUAUUUCAGUUGGGCAAUGCUGAGAGAAGGUGGCUGGCUGAAGGCUACCCCUACUGUUAGCUUCAAUCACAGUCAGUUGUUACAUGUCUGCACUGAUAAUUAACCAUACUUCACUCCUGACUAGGAUUUCAAACCAACUUCAAACCCUUGAUUCAAAUCCUGGUUAGGAACGCGGGGUGUUGAAUUCAUGGAAUGAAUGCGGAGGCUUGAAGGUGGCGAGGAAGAGUGGCUGUAAACCUGUGUCCGAUUGCUUAGCCAUGGCUAAGGAGUGGGCAGUGUUAUCGUUUUCAGUGAUCUCCAGUUUGGGAAGUUUGAAAAAUACGCAGUGGAUUCCAAUGAGUUCAGAUUUCUGUGAAUCUGCCCUGCAGAUUCCACAGUGGUCCAGCUUUUUCUGAGUCACAUGGACUUGUGGACUGGUAUUUUACUUUCUGAAAUUGUAUGCAAAUUUAGUACUACAAAAAUAAUAUAUAUAUAUAUA